AUGGCGCUUAGAAAUAUUGUGAGUUCAUCACCAGAAGAGAUUCGUCGUCGUAAGAUCUUGAAGAAAGGUAUCAAGUUUACCUUGUUGAUUACUGGAGAAGAAGGUUCUGGGAAAUCAUCUUUUAUCAAUACUUUGUGUAACCAACAGGUUAUUUCCAAGGCUGAAAGUAAAAAAAUUGUUGCUUCUGAAUCUCAUUUGAGUCCUGGUUUAAAUAUCAUUAAGAAACAUGUUGAUAUUAUUGAGAAAAAUGCCACUCCAAUCAAUUUGGAUAUUAUUUUAACUCCAGGUUUUGGUGAUAACGUUGAUAAUAGUGAUGUUACUGGUGAUGUUAUUAAAUAUUUGGAUCAACAAUUUGAUGAAGUUCUUUCAGAGGAAAUUCGUAUUACUCGUAAUACAAAAUUUGAAGAUGGUAGACCUCAUGCUUGUUUAUAUUUUAUUAGACCAACUUCAAAAGGUCUUAGAGAAUUGGAUGUUGAAGCUAUGAAAAGAUUAGCUUCAAAAGUUAAUGUUAUUCCAAUCAUUUCUAAAAGUGAUACUUUAACAGAAGAUGAAAUUUCUCUUAAUAAAGCCUUAAUUUUACAAGAUAUUAAAGCAAAUGGAAUUAAAGUUUAUGAUUUUUCUCAAGAAGUUGAUGAAGAUUCAGAAUUUUUAGAUGAAGUUUUAUUUUUGAAAAAUAAUUUACCAUUUGCAAUUGCUGGUAGUUUUGAAACAAAGAAAAAAUCAAAAGUUGAUGGUGUUGAUUAUGAAGAAGAUGGUACUAAUAAUGAUUAUUAUCAUGUUAGAGAAUAUCCUUGGGGUACUUUUAAAGUGGAAGAUUUAAAUCAUAGUGACUUUAAUUAUAUUAGAAAUGUUCUUUUUGGAUCUCAUUUACAAGAAUUAAAAGAUACAACUCAUACAGUUUUAUAUGAAAGUUUUAGAAGACAAAAAUUAAGUGAAAAUAAUAAGAAAUUAAGAAAAUCAUCAAGAACUAGUGUUAAUAAUGAUGAGGAUGAAGCAAGUUUAUUAGACCGUUAUAGUUAUGCUAAUGAAACUGUUAUCGCAGAAUCUGAAGCUGAACUUUUUUCACAAGAUGAAGAUGCAUUAAGAGAAAUUCUUGAAAAAAAGAAGGCUAUUGAAAAUUAUGCACUUGAAUUGAAAGCAUUAGAGAAAAGAUUCCGUGUUUCAAGUAUUUCACAAAAUAGAAAUUCUAAAAUUGCAGGUUCUGAAGUUUCUACAACCAAUUCUUUCAACAUUUGA